AUGCCUUGCUUCAAAGGUCUCGCCGUGAGCAUACAUACUCCUAACGGGCCUCUACCCGAAUACUCGGUGCAAAAGACCUCCCGCCUAUCGAGAAUCAGUGCCUACAUCCCUGUCCCUCCCGCACGAAUUCCAGCCGAUUCCCUUACCGGCAAACCUGAACAAUCCACCUUCGCCAUCUCGAUAACACUGCUCACGCCGGGCCAAGAAGUUCCCUAUUCGACUCCCAAGUCGACUCCCGACAAACCGAGUCCCAAACCCAAGAUCGUCGGCGAAUUACCGGGUCACACGAGCGAACGAGGCAAGAACACAGGUACCAUCGGACCUUAUGUUCCUUUGACGACGUCACCCAAUGAGACCAUUGCCGCGUACAUCUAUUUCGAUGGCCGAGCAAAAGAGGAAGUGGCAACACUCUUAAGGAAGGGAGAGGAGACCUGGGUGAAUUCCAGAUGGGUCAGUGUCCCAGAAAAGGAAGGGGGCGGUCUCGCGGAAAGAGAAUUCUUGUUUCGUGAAGUGGGCCUUGAACGUUGGCUGAAUGGUCUCGAUCUCGACGGCAAAGAUGCUGCUGCCACGAUCGAGAGGCGGAGACAGAAACUGGAAAAGAGAAGAAGAAAGCGGAAGGAAGUUGUAGGAAGUGAUGAGGAGACGAAUGGAGCCGCCAAAGGAUCGAGGCGCAAGAGCACACUACGGUAUGGCGAAGACGGCGAAUUGCAGGACGUGUCGGACGACGAGGGUUCGUUCAGUGAUACUGGAAUUUCAGAAGACGACGAUGACGACGACGACGACGACGACCCAAUACCAGAGGCGGCGGGUCAAAUCAAGAUUGCCUUGUUUCGUGUCUUAGCAUCUGGAGAGAUCAAACGUGGAGAAUACUCGCCUCAGUUUGAUGCUCAUGAUGACGAUGAAGAUUCGGAGGGUGGAGAAGGGGGUGCCAAUGCCAAGGCCAAUGGUGAAGGCAGGAAUCGAGCCGAUGUCGACCACACCACCAGUUUCGCAAAGCCCAAAACCCUGGAUCCCAAAACCAUUUCCACCCAGACGGUAACGGGUAUCGAUCCCACCGACAAGCCUUAUGCGGUAUUCACAUUCCUUUACCGAGGAGAGCGCCAACUGCAAAAGAUGGGAAUUCUCCCGGGACCCAAAUCGGAUAAAGCAGCUUCCAGUGCAAAGAGACGCAGUAUAGCCGCAGAUCUCCCGAAACUUGGACCGCUCAAGAAAGAAGGCACUGCGGGCUUUUCCAAUUUCCGAGAUGGAGAUGGGCGACGCCAUCGCCGAGGAAAGCGAACCAGCGAUGAUGAGAUGGACAGUGACAGCGAUGACGACGGCUCCGGCAUUAUUGGCAAGAUGGAAGACAUCAAUGAUGCGGAUGCUAAGAGAGAGCCUGGCAUGCUUUCUCCCGAAGAUGCAGAGCAGACAGGCCAAGUUGCAGAGGGCAUUCGGAAAAUGAAGCUCAAGAGGCAGCAUUCAGCGGAACCGCUGAACGGCAACGGAGUGGCCGAGGCGCGUAAGAGCUCAAAAUCCGGCAGUCCUUCAGCAGCCUCGACCCCCAAGGUCGGUGUCGACGAAUUGGGAACCUCACCUUCAGGAACGAUGAAUGUUGGGACCUCGGUAAUGGGUACCGCUCUCGAUGUGAAGAAGGAAGACGAAAGCUUCAUGGUGGGCAGUCCGAUGAAGCGACAACGUGCCAGUGUUGCCGAGUUCGACGAAGAUAUCAAGAAACGGUUAGGCGGUGGGGUGUCGACAUCUUCUAAUACCAUUGGGGAAAUUUUGGGGUCUUCUGGACAGUCUCAGCCAACGGCGGCCACUACAAAUCCAUCCGGCCUUCAAUUUGGAGGCGCUUUGGUGAAGGAACCAAUGGAGGACGACGACGAAUUGUGA